GCAGGAGCUGCCGCUUCUCCUGCCGCCGCCGCCUGAGCUUUCACCUCCAUUGUCCGGGCCGGGUUGGGCCCAUGGGCCCCACCGCCGCAAGAGUCGCCCUGCAGCCGCCGCGCCUCAGCCGGGCCGGGGCUUGAUCCGCGCUCGAGCCAAGAGACGCCAUGGGGGUGGACUUUGACGUGAAGACUUUCUGCCACAAUCUGCGGGCGACCAAGCCACCCUACGAAUGCCCUGUGGACACCUGCCGCAAAAUCUACAAGAGCUACAGUGGGAUUGAGUACCACCUCUACCACUAUGACCAUGACAACCCCCCUCCGCCACAGAGUACCCCUUUGCGCAAGCACAAAAAGAAGGGCCGUCACGGCCGUGCAACCAACAAGCAGUCGCCCAGCCCCUCUGAGACUUCGCAGUCACCCGGGCGGGACGUUAUGACUUAUGCCCAAGCCCAGCGCAUGGUGGAGGUGGAUCUGCAUGGCCGUGUGCACCGCAUAAGCAUCUUUGAUAACCUGGACGUGGUGUCAGAGGACGACGAGGCUCCUGAAGAGGCCCCAGAGAAUAACAGCAACAAGGAGAACACCGAAACUCCAUCAGUGGCCCCCAAAGCGGGCAAGCACAAGAACAAGGAGAAGCGCAAGGAGUCCAACCACCAUCACCACAGCACCUCUGCCGGCAAUGCCCCGAAGCUGCCCGAGGCUGUGUACCGAGAGCUGGACCAGGACACCCCUGACGCCCCGCCUCGCCCCACCUCUUACUACAGAUACAUUGAGAAGUCAGCCGAAGAGCUCGAUGAGGAGGUUGAGUACGACAUGGAUGAGGAAGAUUACAUAUGGCUGGACAUUAUGAACGAACGCCGGAAGACAGAAGGUGUCAGCUCUAUUCCCCAGGAGAUCUUUGAAUAUCUAAUGGACCGACUAGAGAAGGAGUCCUAUUUCGAGAGUCACAACAAAGGUGACCCAAAUGCCUUGGUUGAUGAGGAUGCUGUCUGCUGCAUUUGCAACGAUGGGGAAUGUCAGAAUAGUAACGUCAUCCUUUUUUGCGACAUGUGUAACUUGGCUGUGCACCAGGAAUGCUAUGGUGUCCCUUACAUCCCGGAGGGCCAGUGGCUCUGCCGCCGCUGCUUGCAGUCACCUUCCAGGGCUGUGGACUGUGCCCUGUGUCCAAACAAAGGUGGUGCCUUCAAACAGACAGACGAUGGUCGUUGGGCCCAUGUGGUGUGUGCCCUCUGGAUCCCAGAGGUCUGUUUUGCUAACACAGUGUUCCUGGAGCCCAUAGAUAGCAUAGAACACAUCCCACCAGCCCGCUGGAAGCUGACCUGCUACAUCUGCAAGCAGCGAGGCUCUGGGGCCUGCAUACAGUGCCACAAAGCCAACUGCUACACAGCCUUCCACGUCACCUGUGCUCAGCAGGCUGGGCUCUACAUGAAAAUGGAGCCCGUCCGAGAAACAGGGGCCAAUGGCACUUCAUUUAGUGUCCGCAAGACAGCUUACUGUGAUAUCCACACGCCACCUGGCUCAAUGCGACGCUUGCCUGCACUCUCACAUAGUGAAGGGGAGGAAGAGGAGGAGGAGGAGGAGGAGGAUGGGAAAGGCUGGAGCUCAGAGAAGGUGAAAAAGGCCAAGGCGAAAUCCCGGAUUAAAAUGAAGAAGGCAAGGAAGAUUCUGGCUGAGAAGAGAGCAGCUGCUCCAGUGGUGUCGGUGCCAUGCAUUCCUCCCCACAGGCUUAGUAAGAUCACCAAUCGGUUGACCAUUCAGCGAAAAAGUCAGUUCAUGCAGAGGUUGCAUAGUUAUUGGACUCUGAAGAGGCAAUCCCGCAACGGAGUCCCCUUGUUGCGCCGGCUCCAAACUCACUUGCAGUCACAUAGGAACUGCGAGCCAGGAAGGCCAGCUCCUCCUCCUCCUGUCUCCAAAACUGAGCAGACUCUGGUGUUCCUGCAGCGAGAUAACACGGAGGAUAAGAACUGGGCCCUGAAAGAGCAGCUGAAAUCCUGGCAGCGCCUCCGCCACGACCUGGAACGAGCGCGCUUGCUGGUGGAGUUAAUUCGCAAGCGAGAGAAGCUCAAGAGAGAGACGAUCAAAAUCCAGCAAGUGGCACUGGAGAUGCAGCUGACCCCCUUCCUCAUCCUUCUGCGCCGGACCCUCGAGCAGCUUCAGGAAAAGGACACGGGCAACAUCUUCAGCCAGCCGGUCCCGCUGUCUGAGGUAACAGAACUCUACGAAGUCCCUGACUACCUGGACCACAUCAAGAAGCCGAUGGAUUUCUACACAAUGAAGCAGAAGCUGGAGGCCUAUCGCUACCUGAACCUGGAUGAGUUUGAGGAGGACUUCAACCUGAUAGUCAGCAACUGCUUGAAGUACAAUGCCAAAGACACCAUCUUCUACCGGGCGGCUGUUCGGUUGCGGGAGCAGGGGGGUGCAGUGCUGCGCCAGGCGCGCCGGCAAGCUGAGAAGAUGGGCAUUGACUUUGAGACAGGCAUGCACUUCCCCGUGGAUGGGGAGGAGGCUCCUCUGCGAAGCACCGAGAAUGAUGAGGACCGGCUGCUGCUGUCAGAAAACCAAAAGCAUCUGCCUCUGGAAGAUCAGUUGAAUCUCCUGCUUGAGCGUCUGGCCGAGGUGAGCACCGGGAAGCAAAGCGUGAGCCGCUGCCGGCAAACCAAGAUGAUCAAGAAGGAGAUCACCGCCUUGCGGCGCAAGUUGGCACACCAGCGGGAGACAGGGAGGGAUGGGCAUGGCGCCUUGGCCCGCAUCAUUCUGCCGACCCAUAACCCCUGCGAGAAGGACACUCAAACCGACAGCGCCGCUGAGGAGAGCAGCAGCCAAGAAACCAGCAAAGGCCUUGGCCCCAAUUCCUCCUCCACCCCAGCACAUGAAGUUGGCAGGAGAACAUCGGUGCUUUUCUCCAAGAAGAACCCCAAAACCGCUGUGCCCCCAAAGCGUCCUGGGCGCCCCCCCAAGAAUCGAGACAGCCAGCUGGCUCCAGGUCAUGGGAACAGCCCAGUGGGGCCUCCUCAGCUCCCAAUCAUGGGGUCCCAGCGGCAGCGCAAGAGGGUGAGGAGCCCGCGCCCCAGUUCCAGCUCCGACAGCGACAGCGACAAAUCCGCUGAGGAUGCUCCUAUUGACCUGCCAGCCAAUGGCUUCAGCAGCGGCAGCCAGCCGGUCAAGAAGAGUUUCCUCGUCUACCGCAGUGGCUACAACCUCCCGCGCAGCAGCUCUGAUUCGGAGUCGAGCAGCACCAGCAGCAGCAGCGCUGCCUCAGAUCGCACCAGCACUACUCCUUCCAAACAAGGAAGAGGGAAGCCCUCUUUCUCCCGGGUAAAUUUCCCAGAGGACAGCAGCGAGGACACGUCAGGGACGGAAAAUGAGUCCUAUUCAGUGGGAACCGGCCGAGGUGUGGGCCAUGGCAGUGAGUAUCCGAUUGCCAUUUCUUCUGGUUUCCCAUCAGGGUUGGGUUGGCCAAAGGAUGGCAAAGAUCCCCUUCCUUUCUCCUUUUUCCUUUCUCUUUGUGCAGUGGUGCGGAAGAGUAUCAGCCGAUCAGCUGGCUGGCUCUCCGAGGAUGAGGAUUCCCCUUUGGAUGCCUUGGACCUGGUGUGGGCCAAAUGCCGGGGUUACCCAUCUUAUCCAGCUCUGAUCAUCGAUCCGAAGAUGCCCCGGGAAGGGAUGUUCCACCACGGUGUCCCCAUUCCUGUGCCCCCCUUGGAGGUAUUGAAGUUGGGAGAGCAAAUGACUCAGGAAGCCCGGGAGCAUCUCUACCUGGUCCUCUUCUUCGACAAUAAGCGCACUUGGCAGUGGCUGCCCCGCACCAAACUCGUGCCUCUGGGCGUAAACCAGGACCUGGACAAGGAGAAGAUGCUGGAAGGGCGCAAGUCCAACAUCCGCAAGUCUGUCCAGAUCGCCUACCACCGUGCCAUGCAGCACCGGAACAAGGUGCAAGGGGAGCAGAGCAGCGACUCCAGCGAGAGCGACUGACCCUCCGAGGGGCUCCCGCCCUGGGUGCUCACUCAGUGCAGCUGGACUGUACGGGGGAGGGAAGCAGGGAGCUCCAGCCUUGAGAAGCCGGGCUGCAGGAACACGCACGGAGCACCCCGCAGCCCCUCCAGUGUGCAGGGCACACCUCCAGAGCACUGUGCCCUCCACAUGGGCAAGCCUACCUCUUGUGCCAGCCUGCCCUUCCUUGUUCCGUGCCUGGAAUUGCCCUGACCAGCUGCACGAGCAAUGCCCAGCUGCCUGUAUAGCUCCUAGGGGCAGUAUCCUACUGCCGGGGUCCUAAGGCUCUAGACUUUUGUAAGAUACUGUAUAAUAGUGGGAGAAUGUAAAUUAUUUGGACUGCUCCAUACACAUACACCCCCCCCGACAUACAGAGCCCGGCCCCAUGUCCCUGCGCCAGAGCCCCUGCCCAGAUACAUCAGCCUUUCCUCGGCCCAGCCCCACCGACACUCUGCAGAGCAGGGCCGCCCUCUUCUCACUUGCACAUUUUGAUACUAUAGCUUUUUGGAAUCUGACUCUGCCUGACUCCCCGCCCCCCCCGUAGAAACCCGGCUCUUCUUUCUGCUGCAGCCGGGUGGGCAUUUGUACUUGUAUUUAUUUUGGAGAAAGAAGAUCUCUAUUGAUUCUUAGAAAAUAAAAUGGCUCUUUUGGAACCAA